GCGCUGGUUUCUUUGCUUCUCCGUUUGCCAUGGGCUCGACGCCGCCCGUCUUCAUCGGCUCCGCGGAGGUGGAGCGGCUGCUGCCCCGCGCCAGCCUGUUGCUGCCGGGUCUGGAGGCCGCGCUCCGCAACUUCUCGGCGGGUGCGGCGGGAGGCGUGGAGCAGCCCCUGCGCACCGUGCUGCCCGUGCGGCCGCACAGAGGGUACCUGGGGGUGAUGCCCGCCUACAGCGCCGCGGACGACGCGCUGAGCACCAAGCUGGUGACGUUCUACGAGCGCCGGGACGAUUCCUCCGUGCCCUCCCACCAAGCCACCGUCCUGCUCUUCGACCCCGCCAGCGGCUCUCUGCGAGCGGUCCUUGAUGGCAGUGUCAUCACAGCAAAGCGCACAGCAGCGGUUUCUGCCAUAGCUACCAAGCUGUUAAUGCCGAGAUCUGCAGAAGUGCUGUGCAUUUUGGGAGCUGGUGUUCAAGCGCGCAGCCACUACGAGAUCUUCACGGAGCUGUUCCCGUUCACAGAGGUCAGAGUGUGGAAUCGCACCAAGGAGAACGCGCUGAAGCUGGCGAGCUCGGUGGGCGGCGCGGUGAGGGUCUGCGCCACGGCCCAGGAGGCGGUGGUUGGGGCCGAUGUGAUUGUAACGGUCACCAUGGCAACAACACCGAUUCUGUUUGGAGAAUGGGUGAAGCCAGGUGCCCACAUCAACGCCGUCGGAGCGAGCAGGCCGGACUGGAGGGAGCUGGACGAUGCGCUGAUGAAGAGCUCUGUUCUGGUUGUGGAUUCCAGAGAGGCAGCUCUCACAGAGUCGGGAGAUGUCAUCCUGUCUGGGGCAGAGAUUUUUGCUGAGCUGGGGGAGGUGCUGAAGGGUACAAAACCAGCGCUGCCCGAGAAAACCACGGUCUUCAAGUCUCUGGGGAUGGCAGUUGAAGAUACUGUAGCUGCAAAGUUCGUGUACGAUGCGUGGUCAGCUGGCAACUGAAGAGAGAAGUCUGCAAUGCCAGCAAGGCCGUGAAGUACCAGCAGAUGGCUUACACUUGAUUCCCUUGCGUUUCUGGUUAACAAGAUGGGCAGCGAUCCCCCCUGAAUGCAGCCCUUCUACAUCUUUCAAGAAUGAAAACUAACUCUUCAGUGGAACUUCCUGCUGUUUUCUGUAAGCAUUAGGUACCUGCAGCACUGCUAGCUAACAUCUCGCACCUAGUGGUGCGCGUGGGAUGUCAGCACUUACACUAACAGGGGUGUUUUUCACGCUUUCCUAUGUCCUCCCUAAUAAUUUAUGGCGUGGGAAUCCAGGGGUAGCUCUCGUGCUUUUAGAGGGGUAACAGACGGCUUGGAGACUGGCGUUCCAUAUGUGGAGCUGUGCUGGUGCUUAAAUUCAGCGGUGGUCGCGGUGCAGUGCUGGCUGCGAGCGGCUCCUCAGCCCCUCUGGGGAGCGCAGCCCUGCUGGGCUCCAGCGCAGCUGCUCCGUUCCCGCUGGGAUCAGCCAGGCCCUCCUUGCUUCCAGCCCCUGGCAGUCCCCCAUUUCCUGCCCCCAAACCCAACUGGUCUUCAUUUAGGAGUGCAUUCCCGAGCAAGACCUGUGCAUGAAGCCGUGCCUUCCCUGCAGAUAGGCUUUAUCAUAGGAGACCUGGCUCAGAUGGACUGAAACUGCACGGAAUCCUUCCCUUGCUGCUUUCCUGCCCGCAGUUUUGCCUUUUUUUUGCUGGAGGGACUCGCACAAAAUGUCGGCGCUAAGGAUGUAUUUUGAUUUAACGUUUCCCUGUGUUUGUUGGGAGAUUUCCUUACUCACCUCUGGUGUUUGCAAGCUGUUCUCGAAGUGUCUUGGCACUGUAAUAAUGCCAGCUGAUUUCAUCUAGUAGAACUUCAAGUACACAGGGAAAUAGAUUCCACCUGGCUGUACCGUGCGUCCGUUGGAAAUAGUUCUUACUCAUCGGGUCUUUGCUGGGCAGGAAUGUCUGUGGUUCUCCCUUGGCAGCAGAGCCAGGAACGCUCUGCAGAAGGAGGGGUUCCCAUUCUGUGCCGUUCCGUGACAGCUGCCCGGCGGGUCGGGCAGCGGCUGAAACAGCGGUGGCCAUGUACGCAGCUCCCUGCAUCACGCUGCUGCUGUGCCUGGGAGCUCCGUUGCUGCUGGCCUGCGGCUCCCCGCGGGCCGACCCGCCUUCCUGCGCUGGGGAGGAGUGUGUGGGGUCCUCCGUGGCAGUGCUGGAGGGUCAGGGCGGGGAGGGAAGGAGGUAGCGAAGCGCUGCAUGUGGACGCCUCGUUGGCAGAUAGGUACGUGUGGAAGGGUUAAUGAGGACAGUGUGAGUGGUGUAGGCAGCAUUCCAAAUGUGAGCUGGGUGUAGAGCAGUGGAAGGGCAGUGAGCAGCAGCGUGCAGCCGGCGCGGUUCUGGCACAGCCCGGUGCUGGGGGAGCAGGGCAGAAGGACGCGUUCACUUGGGUAAGGGUGGAACUCGGCUGCUCUUGCUGCUGUGGGUGGAAACAAGAACAGACAUUUCUCUCCCAGCUUCUGCAUGUUUUAACGAUGGCAGUGUUACCCUUGUGCUUUUAGAGUGCUUUUUUCUUCGUAUCAUUUGUAAAGUGCUGAGAAACGUGUCUGUGGCUGUUACUGCGGUGCCGGGGAACGCCGCUGCCUGGGAGCCGUGCCAGCCGUGGGCACAGCGGGCGGUGCCCAUGAGAGCCCCACGUCCGCACGGGGCAGUGCUGUGGGGCUGGCCGGGAGGCACGCUGCUUGUGGCGGUGCUCGCAGAUCAUUGUCACUCGUACUAUUCUACAGACCGUGAUCUUAGAGAAGCCGACGGCACAAAGCAGCGCUCUCAGCAUCUGCUGGCGAUGGGAGCCGCUGCGAGCCCGGCCUCGGCGUUUGGCUUCCCAGUGCCUGAAGGGGAGCUGAGCUGUCCGUCACCGUGGGGCCACUUGGGUGUCUUCUCUGGGGUUUUGUAGGGCAAAUAACAGGCUUAAUUGGUCUGCUUACUUCUCUUACCAAUUAAGAGUCUCAAGAUUUGUUGUAACUCUCAUUUAUGUUAAAAUUAAAUAGCUCCUGUUUGACUUG